UAGAUUAAUGAUACCGCAUUCUUAAAGAUUACCCAUUAGGGCAUUUGGUAAAGAAGCUGGUCUCAAGGGUACAGACCUGCCAGCCACAGUAUUGCACAGCCAUGCAGGUGUGUGUUUCUCAGACAUAUAUGGGGUUAGUAUGCGAUACAUUACGUUACCUCUGAGCUUCCAAGUCACGGACGCGAAUCAAACUACGGUAUGAUGGUUGAAAUAUGCAUCAUGCUUCGGUUUCUAAGGCCUAGGGAAAAAAUUGUCACCAAAAACCUGAUGAAAAUCGGGUCGACUGUAAGAAGGCAUUAUUCUUGUUAUCCAAUACUGUUUAAACUGAAAUGCAUCAGGGCAUCUUCAACACCAUAUUCUAAUUGUACGUAUGUACCGAUAUACACUGUACACGUACAAUGUUCUUCAUAUUUCACCAUGCAGACAUGAGGCCAUGUUGAGAAACGAUAUCGAUUCUACAACGUUUUCGUCACUCAGAUGUCAGAUAAAAAAGAUUAUUUUCCCUGAAGCUUGCCAUUGAUAGCUGUCUGCAAAACAGACUACGGUAGCGCUGGUUCAGUUUGCUGGGAUCGGUAAGGUAACAACUUUUUUUCUUAGGCCUAACAUUUUUUUUACAGAGAAUGAAUUCCAAAGAGCUAAUAUAUGUAUUUUGUUUAUUAGAGCACUCUACUGCUGAAAUGAUGGUCCAUCGUGAACGAUAGCUGCGAAAUUGAGGAAAUCCCUGCCAGUCAGUCGGCGAUGAUUGCCAGUGCUGUGCGGGAAGGAACAGUAGUGCUGUGAAGGGAGAUCCACUAGUCAAGAAAAUCAAAGAGUAGAAGGUUUGAAAAUCCGAGCGAACGGUGAGUCAAGAGCGACGUGGAAGGAUUGACUAUUGUGGCGAUGAGAACAUCUCAGAACCCUGCAUCCGAAAAAAUCUGAUAUAUAGUAACACAUUAAUGUUUACGUUAGGUUGAAUAGCAGUAGCCACAAGGUGUCACAAACGUUCUUAAUCAAGUGAAAAAUUUUAUACUCCGAUGGCGUCAGUAGAGAAUCAUCAAGACACUGUGAAGAGGUAACCGGACACACAGAAGAGAACACAUGAUGGCAACACACUAACACUGAAGUCAAGGAUCAGCCCUCCAGCAGACAAACAAGACCACAAGGACUCUAUGGAACUGACGCUUUGUACAUGACACUUGUUGAGCUAUUUGAUAUAUCGUGGUGAACAGUAGUAGUUCAUUUCCUUUAUUCGUUUCUUGUGUAUGUGAUUAGAAUCACCGAAAUCACCAUGUCAGAUGUCUGCUAGUAGAAUAGUAUAAUAUGACAGAAGGGAAAUCAUUAGAACGUAAAACCUUUCUCAUGUAGCAGAUAGGGUGUGAAGUCCAGAUAGCCAUAUAGGAUGACAUUUACAUUCAGCUUUGGUUUCCAUGAAAGUAUAUCAUAUGGGGUAUACACCAAAGGCUAUCGAGAUUAAGAAGCUCGCAAUGGUCUGCUACUUGUCGAUUGUGAACACACUGUUGAAUACACUAUUGAGUGCAUGGACGAACUAAAACACUGGAAUGGACAGAACAGAAAAGUAGCCUUUACGUGAGAAGAGAAAUAGUGGAUUCGGCAUCUGCACGGGAUUUCGGUGCCGCCCCGUCAAUUAGUGACGACUCAGUCAACAGCAACUACAGCUCCGGGGAUCAAUAAGCACAGACGCAUCAGAGUUCUGAAGUAAGGACACCCGGGGGGCUACUGUGUGUAGUGAUCAGAGCGUUUGUAUAUACGUGAGAACAAUCUGAGCACAUUUAUCUACGAAGUGCUGCAUAAAAAGACAAGGCGAAGCCAUGGAAGCUGUGAACCACACAGUCUUGCCUGGAUUAAAUGACUUUUUGCCCUUCUCAAAUGUGACGAACGGAACCGCAACAUACAACAGCUCUGUCCAUGACGGAACUGGUAGCACUUGGCUAAUCUUUCAACUCGUUGUUAUGAUAAUGGUGGAAGUUGUGGCGAUCUUCAGUAACGUCAGUGUGCUCAUUGUUGUGAUGAAGACUCCUCCUCUACACACAUUGACACUCCUCUUCGUUCUCAACCUUUGCACCACAGACCUGUUACACUCACUCUUCGUCACACCUUUUUUCCUUGCGUCAUCGGGACAAGGCGCCUGGACGUACGGAACGGUGGCAUGUGACGUGACUGGGUUCCUAGACUCGCUCUUCACGUAUUCUUCCAUCGCUACGAUUUGUGUGAUCAGCGUGGAGCGCUACUACUCCAUCGUACGUCCAAUGGUGCACGCCGCCCACAUGACAUUGGUAACGGCACUGUCCGUUAUUGCAUUCAUAUGGAUCCAGGCUGUAUGCCUCGCUGUGGCACCGUUAGUGGGAUGGAAUCGCUACGUGUUCGAUCCACAACAGCUACAGUGUACGUACGAUUGGAUGGCACGGGGGUCUGGGAAGUCUUACGUGAUCGUGAUAUCGUGUUGGUACUUCUACAUUCCAGCCUGUGUCGUCCUGGUCAUGUACUCAUGCAUUUAUAGCGCUGCUAUGAAGGCUUCGAGGCAGGUGUUGCCUCAGCCAAGCCCACUGAUGCCGGAAGGACAGCCAGCUUCAAGUCCAGUCCUCAAUGGAAACACGAAAGACCCAAUCGAUCUUGCGAACGGACAAAAAAUCUUUGUCAUCACCACAGCAGACGCUGAGGCAGGGCCAUCAACAAGUGAUGAUGGUGGUCGACGUAAAAGUGCUACAAACAAACAGGACCAAACCCAAAAGACUCAUACACAGGUGAGCGAAUCACUCAAAGCCACAAAAACCCUCAUGCUCGUGGUUGGGGUAUUUCUUCUGACAUGGGGGCCGUACUUUACAGUCAGCACCAUCGUGGCAAUCCUCGGGAUGUCAUCUCAGCUGAAACUGGCAAUAGGUCCCCUGAAGUGUCUCGCUCACAUUUCUUUUGCCAUCAACGCGUUCGUAUACGGUUGGCUGAAUAGACAGGUUCGCCUGGAGCUCAUGCGAACACUGCGCCACUCCUACCGCUCCAUCUGCCACCAAGAGGCGGAAGGCUCGGACAUUGAGCUUCGAGCUAUAGAAGAGGACAGCAAAGGGCUGCCACCGGUAGAAAACUUCUACCAGUUCCUGGAGAGGACAGCGACCCCUGACUGUCGGGCCGCCAGCAGAAACCCUAAGGAGGUGAAGUCCGAACGGGAAAACAAAACUCUGUAGACAUUCAAUAACAGCAGUUCAUUCAGCACCACGGAAAGAAGCACGGGCAUAUUGUCCAUCACAGAUUUCAUACAAUAUAUCAUCAGUACAAAGUAUUAAUUCAAGAUAGUACUGAGUCACCUUCCUCGUACAUAUACACCACCCCUUAUUGUCCAAAGUUUCUCUAUAUUCAACUUUUACAAAGUUUUGAAAUGUUUCCUUUCUCUUAUGUCAUGUAUGGUUAAUGUCCUGUUCUAAACUGGUUGAAUGUGUCAGAAGGUUGAAAUGUUUUGUUUAAAACUGUGCUAAUAUCAUAUCGACUGUUAAGGACAUGUAAUGUAUGGUUGGUUUCUGCUAAAGUAAACGGCUCAUAUCAUGUCUCUUGUUGUGACUCUAGGGCUCCUGUAGAACAUGUUUAUUCAUGUAAGCCCAUGUGAUAUCAAUACAGUCAGAGCCAAGUCGUGAAAUGUAAUUUUCGCUUGUAAUCUAUCUAGUUCGUGUUUCUCCGGUGACUAGAAAAAGGCAAGAGUCAGAAUAAGAAUCUCUGCAGUUUAAGUCUCUAAGGGACCGCCUUUGUACGUAUGGGUUGUUGCUUAAGCUCGAUCUAUAAGACAGUCGUGUUUUGUAGGAGUAUUGUGGACCUACGUAUGUUGCUCAUAAGGUGAUUUUAUUUUACCUGUAGUUUCUGUUGUAUGUGUAAAACUAUUGAUUUUAUUUGCGGAAAGCGGAAUGAAAUGACUGACUGUACGCUGUAAAUGGUAAGAGACGUGAAUAAAUACUCCAAUUUCUGAGAAGAGAUUUUGGAACUAUUUUUGUUCAGAAUUCCUAUGAAAUAACUGUGCACCUUAUGAAGGCAAUAGCUGUCAGAGAGAUAUUAUUUCCAUCUUUUUGAGGGGUGGUAUUGAUGAAUUUUACGAAAUGGAGUCGUGUGAAGAAUAUCAAUGAUGGGAUCAUCUACAAAGGCUAUCGGGAAUUGAAAGUUAAUAGGAUGGGAGGCAAGCGGAAAUUCCUAAUCACAGUUUGAAUCCAGUGGUGUCUUGAAUAGAACAGGGAUAACCCGAAAAGAAGCUGGUCAUACAAUGUAGGAGUUAAGGAUAUCUGAUGAUUAUGUGGCUUCGGAAAACCGUUUAGGUUCAUUCAACAACCAAGAUUGUGAUUAUAU